GCUUUUUCCAGCACCCAUGAGAACAUCCGUCCGGUUCCUGUGCCCUCUUCAAGCGCCGGGCAAAUCCUGCCCUCAAAUCACAAACAUCUAGGGCACUAGCUGUCUUUUUGAAAUCCCAGAGAAACCUCGAAAAGAAGCUACCUGGCAAGCUCAGAACGGCAGAGCAACCCCAGCGGCUUUGGAACGAUGGAAAAUCAGGUAUUGCUUCACUUCCUGGUGCCUUUGUUCUGCGGCGCCCUCUCCCAGCCCAUCCACUACUCCAUUCCGGAGGAGCUAGCCAAGGGCUCUCUAGUGGGGAGUCUCGCCAAGGAUCUGGGACUCAGUAUCCAAGAAUUGCCAGCUCGAAAACUGAGAGUUAGUGCAGAGGAUUAUUUCAGCGUUAGUGCAGAGAGUGGGGAUUUGUUAGUGAGCGGCAGGAUAGACAGAGAAAAGAUUUGUGGGAGGAAAUCUGAGUGUGCACUGGAAUUUGAAUCUGUUACUGAAAACCCGAUGAACAUUUUCCACGUAACGGUUGCCAUCCAAGACAUUAACGAUAAUGCACCACAUUUCUUUGGGAAAAGCAUUGAAUUGGAGAUCUGUGAGUCAGCCUUAGCAGGGGCAAAAUUCCCUCUGGACUCUGCGCGAGAUGCAGAUGUGGGAAGCAACUCCCUGAAGAUGUACACUGUCAGCCCCAAUCCACACUUCUCCUUGUCAACGAAGGAAAGUCCUGAUGGAAGUAAAUACCCAGAACUGCUGCUGGAAACCCCUCUGGACAGGGAGCAUCAGAGCUCCCAUCACUUAAUACUGACCGCCAUGGAUGGUGGAGACCCGCCCCUAAGCAGCACCACCCAGGUCUGGAUCAAAGUCACCGACGCCAAUGACAAUGCUCCAGUGUUCAGCCAGGACACUUACAAAGUUAGCCUUCGUGAAAACAUACCCCCAGGAACGUUAGUGCUGCAAGUGACAGCUUCUGAUCAGGAUGAGAGUAUUCACGGAGAGAUCACCUAUGCCUUCCUUAAUGCCCCAGCAAGUACUAACCUUGUCUUCAAUCUCAAUCCAAAUACUGGAGCUAUCACAACUAAUGGUACAUUGGAUUUUGAAGAAAAGAAUAGAUACACAUUGGGUGUAGAAGCCAAGGACGGAGGGGUGCACACGGCUCACUGUAAUGUUCAGAUCGAAAUUCUUGAUGACAACGACAAUGCCCCAGAGGUGACAUUCAUGUCCUUUUCUAACCAAGUUCCAGAGGAUUCAGUCCUUGGAACAGUAAUCGCCCUCAUUAAAGUUCGAGACAAAGAUUCUGGACAAAAUGGUUUGGUGGCAUGCCAUAUUCAGGAAGAACUUCCCUUCAAAUUACAACCCACCUCCAAGAAUUAUUACAAGUUAGUGAUUGACAAGGCCCUAAACCGAGAACAGACCCCAGAGUACAACGUCACUAUCACAGCUACUGACAGUGGCAAGCCCUCGCUUUCCUCCAAGACAUGUGUUACUGUACACAUCACAGAUAUCAACGACAAUGCACCGGUUUUUCACCAGGCCUCCUACUUGGUCCACGUGGCUGAGAACAACCCACCUGGAGCCUCUAUUGCUCAAGUCAGCGCCUCAGAUCCGGAUUUGGGAUCCAAUGGCCUCAUUUCCUACUCCAUCAUAGCCAGCGACCUAGAGCCAAGGGCACUAUCGUCCUUCGUGUCCGUGAACCAGGACAGUGGAGUGGUGUUCGCGCAGCGCGCCUUCGACCACGAGCAGCUGCGUUCCUUCCAGCUGACACUGCAGGCGCGGGACCACGGAUCGCCCACACUCAGUGCCAAUGUGAGCAUGCGCGUGUUGGUGGGUGACCGCAACGACAACGCACCACGCGUGCUGUAUCCCACACUUGAGCCCGACGGCUCUGCGCUCUUCGACAUGGUGCCGCGCGCUGCCGAGCCCGGAUACCUGGUCACCAAGGUGGUGGCUGUGGACGCAGACUCCGGACACAAUGCCUGGCUGUCUUACCACGUGCUGCAGGCCAGCGAUCCCGGGCUCUUCAGCCUGGGACUGCGCACAGGCGAGGUGCGCACAGCGCGUGCCCUGGGAGACAGGGACUCAGCGCGGCAGCGCCUUCUGGUCGCUGUGCGUGAUGGUGGACAGCCACCGCUCUCCGCUACAGCCACGCUGCACCUCAUCUUCGCUGACAGCCUGCAGGAGGUCCUGCCAGACCUCAGCGAUGACCCUCUACCAUCUGACCCUCAGAGUGAGCUUCAGUUUUACCUGGUGGUGGCCUUGGCCCUGAUCUCAGUGCUCUUCCUCCUGGCGGUGAUUCUGGCUAUUGCCCUGCGUCUGAGACACUCCUCCAGAUCAGCUGCCUGGGGCUGCUUUCAGCCUGGCCUCAGCCUGAAGUCUCAACCUGUGGUUCCUCCCAACUACAAUGAGGGGACAUUACCCUAUUCCUAUAAUCUCUGCGUUGCUUCACAUUCUACGACUAUGGCAGGGUUUAAUUUUCACCACGUGGCACCAGAGGUUGCUCCCCCUCAGGAUCUCCUGUGCGAUGAUCCUUCUGUGGUUGUAUGUGGCAAUAAUGAAGAUCCCCAAGUCUCGGACGACUCUGCUUUCCAGCAAGCCCCGCCCAACACUGACUGGCGUUUCUCUCAAGCCCAGAGACCCGGCACGAGCGGAUCCCAAAAUGGUGAUGAAACUGGCACCUGGCCCAACAACCAGUUUGAUACAGAGAUGCUGCAAGCCAUGAUCUUGGCCUCUGCCAGCGAAGCUGCUGAUGGGAGCUCUACCCUGGGAGGGGGCGCUGGCACCAUGGGUCUGAGCGCUCGAUACGGACCCCAGUUUACCCUGCAGCACGUGCCUGACUACCGCCAGAACGUGUACAUCCCUGGCAGCAAUGCCACGCUGACCAAUGCCGCUGGCAAACGAGAUGGCAAGGCUCCAGCAGGUGGUAAUGGCAACAAGAAGAAAUCGGGCAAGAAAGAGAAGAAGUAAUAUGGAGGCCAGGCCUUGAACCACAAGGCAGCCUCCCUCCCCAGCCAGUCCAGCUCGUCCUUACUUGUACCCAGGCCUCAGAAUUUCAGGGCUCACCCCAGGAUACUGGUAGGAGCCAGGGCCAUGCUCCCCGUUGGGAAACAGAAACACGUGCCCAAGCCAACACCCCCUCUCUAUACCCUAGGGAGUUGAAUAUGCAAAGAGAGUUCUGCUGGGACCCCCCUAUUCAAUCAGUGAUUGUACCCACAUGGGUAGCAGGGUUUGUGUGUGUGGACAUACACACACACACACACACACACACACACAAACCAUGCCACACUCCCUUAGUUACAGCUGAACUCCUCCAUCUUCCAACCCAGGCAGGCUUAUCCAUCUCCUGCCGCCCUCUCCCCACCCCACCCACUCCUUCAGUCCCUCUCUUUGAGCAAGGUAGCUGGGCUGUUGGGGUGACCGGUGAGCUAAGCCGGCUCCUAGUUCUGAACGGUAGGGAGAGUAUUACAAUCUUUUGGCCUCUCCUUCAGUUCAGCUUUCCCCCAAAGCAUGGUUUGGUACCAGUCUUCUCUUUUCCUUCCAGAGCCUGAGACCAAUGCUUAAGUUUUGGGGGAACAGGCACCCUCCCUCUGGUACUGAUGAUGCUUGCUGGAUUUUGGGAAGGCAUUUUGCUACUAAGCCUCUUUUCAAUGCCUGGGGACAACUAGUCUUUUGUUUUUCAUUGUUUGAUGUUCCCACUGCAUGCUGUGACUUCCCUACACCUCAAAGAAGAGACUCCUUUGCAUGUCUGGAGACAGUAGGGGGUGGUAAACUAAAGGGAAGUUGAGAGUGUAUACUGCUGGGAGUGGGGCAGUGGACAAAACAGCCUGUUAAUAGGGUCUUGCAAGGGGCUCUGUAUGUACCCAGGGGACUGGCUCAAUCCUCACAUUCUAGCCAUAGACAAACACCAGGCCAGACCCCUCCAUUCUGGUUCAGCCUGGGCAGCUUGGGCUGAGCCACCAGGACCAAUGGAUUUAAGCUGACAUUUCAGUCCAAGACGACGACUUCUAAGUGAGUUUAAGACCAGAGAGGAAAGAGGGGCCUCUGUGGGUGCUGGGUACUCCAGAGGUGCCCUUGGUGGGAGGACCAGUGGUCUUAGCAGGAAGGGGGGCCCAGCAAGGUCAUUCUUGGACCCUGGGUCUAGUCCAGUAGCUAGAAAAAGGGACCAAGUGGCCAUAAAGUCCCAGCCAAUGAUGGGGCUUUUCCAGUGGGCCCCUGUAGACCUCAAGCCCCUGGCCUCCACCUUACCAGGUGCCAUUUCUUCUCAGAAGGCCACUGCCCAGGCCCCCAGGCCGCCCCCUUGUGGCCAGAGAACGGUUAAAGCCCCCCAGUGCCUCCUUGUGCAUAGAACUUCCUCUGCCCUAGCCCUUACAGUAGUGUAGAAGAUCCCCCUCCCCCGCUGGUGUAGAAUAGCCAAUAGUAUAGUGUGGUGUGCUUUUACGUGAUGGCGAGUGGGCAGCGGGCGGUGGGCUGUACACAGCCGUCUGUCCUUUGAAUCUCAAUCUGCCUGCGCGGCCCGUGCUGUGUUUUGUGCUGUGUCCACACGCUGCGGCGACCCCUCCCUGUACUGACUUCUCUAUAAAAAGCUUCUCUUCGCAUAGUCACGUAGCUCCUGCCCAUCCCCCUUCCGAUAUCUCUCGCAAGUUUUAUACUCUAAUAUUUAUAUGGCUUUUUUCUUCGAAAAUUAAAAAUAAAAAAAUGGUUUCUUCUG